AUGGUACCAGUAGUGUCUCUCCUCUCACUUUUCCUCCUAUCCACAGCCAUCCACGGUCUUUCGGAUUCCGAAGCUAUCCUCAAGUUUAAGAAAUCUUUAGUUGUUGGCCAGCCAAAAAAUGCAUUGGCCUCAUGGGAUGAUAAAACUCCUCCCUGCACUUGGAGUGGUGUCUUGUGCAACAGAGGCUCUGUCUGGGGACUGCAGAUGGAGAAUUUGGAGCUUUCGGGUUCUAUAGACAUUGAUGCAUUGGCUGGUUUGAAAUCUUUGAGGACUUUAAGCUUCAUGAAUAACAAGUUUGGAGGACCAUUCCCUGAGUUCAAGAAACUUUCUGCUCUCAAGUCACUUUAUCUGUCAAACAAUCAAUUCCAAGGAGAGAUACCAAUGAAUGCUUUUGAAGGUAUGGGGUGGUUGAAGAAGGUUUAUUUGGCGCAAAACAAGUUUACCGGUCAAAUUCCAAUGUCCAUGGCAACACUCCCGAAGCUUUUAGAACUGAGACUUGACGGGAACCAAUUCAGUGGACAGAUACCAGAGUUUGAACACAAGCUCCACAUGUUAAACCUUUCAAACAAUGCAUUAAUAGGUCAUAUCCCCGAGAGUCUCAGCAUGAUGGAUCCAAAGGUGUUCCAAGGUAACAAAGGCUUAUGUGGGAAACCUCUGGAAACAGUAUGUGAUACACCUAUCAAUGAACUUCCUCCACAACCAAAAUCAUCAUCAUCAAGGACACCUCUGGUGAUAAUGGCAGUGGUCACGGCGCUGACAGUGGUCAUAAUCCUUGGAGUCGUCAUCUUGCUUAACCGCAAAAAUAAGAAUAAACAACCACCUUUGGGUUUGGAAACUAGACCAUCAAGUCUACAGAAGAAAACCGGGAUCAGAGAAGCUGACCAAUUCCAUAGAGAUAGACAACAAUCUAGCCAUGGAAAUGGCUCGCGCGCGGGUAAGAAGAUGGAUACAUCAGCUGCUGGAGAGGAGAACACAAAGCUUUCCUUCUUGAGGGAAGAUAGGGAAAGAUUCGACCUCCAAGAUUUGUUGAAGGCUUCAGCGGAGAUACUUGGAAGUGGAUGUUUUGGAGCAUCCUAUAAAGCAGUGCUAUCAAGUGGAGUAUCGAUGGUUGUGAAGAGGUUCAAGCAGAUGAAUAAUGCAGGGAGGGAAGAGUUUCAAGAGCACAUGAAUAGACUUGGGAGGUUAAGACAUCUUAAUCUGCUUCCCAUUGUUGCUUAUUACUACAGAAAAGAGGAAAAGCUAUUGGUAUGUGAUUUUGCUGAGGGCGGAAAUUUGGCUGUUAGUCUUCAUGGUAAUCAGUCCUUAGGUAAACCAAGUUUGGAUUGGCCAACAAGAUUGAAGAUUGUGAAAGGAGUUGCCAGGGGACUGUUAUAUCUCCACCAAGAUCUACCUAGCCUAAUGGCUCCACAUGGUCAUCUCAAAUCCUCCAACGUUCUCCUCACCAAAAACUUUGAACCUCUUCUCACAGACUAUGGCUUAAUCCCUAUGAUCAACCAAGUGAAGGCACAAGAACACAUGGUGGCCUAUAAAUCCCCAGAGUAUUUGCAACACCGACGUGUCACCAAGAAAACUGAUGUAUGGGCGCUUGGCAUACUCAUUUUGGAGAUCCUAACUGGGAAAUUCCCAGCCAAUUUCUUGCAAAGUGGUAACAAGAGUGAGGAGGAUUUAGUAAGUUGGGUGAACUUGGGUUUCCAAGGGGUAUGGGCGCCAGGUUUGUUUGAUAAGGAGAUGGGCAAGACAAGCCAUUGUGAAGGACAGAUUAUCAAUCUCUUGAAGAUCGGUUUGGGCUGUUGUGAACCGGAUGUGGAGAAAAGGUUGGAGAUAGGAGAGGCUGUGGAGAAGAUUGAAGAGUUGAAAGAGCAACAAGGGGAUAGUGACGACUUCUACUCAACGUAUGUGAGUGAAACUGAUGGAAGGUCAUCUAAAGGAAUAUCAACCGAGAGCAUCAACAUGUAG